AAAAUUAAAAAAUAAAAAAAAAUCAAUCCAAUCAAAUAAUAAAAAUUAUUUUUUUAAAUUAAAAAGAUUAAUUAAUAAUAUUAUAAACACACAAUUUUUUUUAUAUAUUAUAAUUAUUUAAAGAAAAUAAAUAAAAUAUAAUCGAUUAAUAAUAAAAAUAAGAAUAUAAAUUAUAUUUUAUUAAUUUUAAUUAUUAUAUUUAAAACAACAAAAUAAUAAAAAUAAUAAAAAUAAUAAAAAUACUACUGUACCAUACUUAUUAAAAAAAAAACAAUAAUAAAUAAAUUUAAUAAUUUUUUAAAUAAUAGUAACUUUAUUUAGUAUAAAGAUGAUUAUUUUAUUAAAUAAAUUUUUAUUUUUAAUAUUAUUAAAUUUAAUAAUAUUAAUAAAUUGUCAUGAAGAUCAAGAUGACAGUUUAAGAAAUUUAAAGAAUAUGGGAAAAGGAUUCACCAAUUUAAAUGAUUACUAUGUACCAGAAAAUUAUAAUUAUUAUAGUGGAUCAUUUUCUGAAAAAUAUUGUAAAGAUGCAAAAUAUAUAACAAUCCCAUUAGGCACAACAGGUGGUUUAAAUGAAGGAAGUCUUUCAUCGUUUUUACUUACUAAAAAGGGAUCAAAUACCUUUAUUGCAUUAGAUGCAGGUACCAUAUGGCAAGGUGUUCGUCGUUUAACUACAAUGAAUCAAUUCAAUAAUUAUUUCGGUAUCGAGUAUCCAGAGUGGGCUAUACUUCCAGAACAACGUGCAACCUGGUUCAUCAAAAAUCACAUCUAUGGUUACUUUAUUGGCCACAGUCACAUUGAUCAUGUUGGAGGCUUAAUCAUUGAAUCACCAGAAGAUACCUUAAAGAAAGAUAUGCUUAACAGUACCAUUAAAACAGGGCUCCUCGGUCUCAUCGAUAAAAUGCAAUUAGAAAAGAAAAACUAUGUAUUCCCAAAUUCAGUCCUUCAAAUGAAAACCAUUGUAGGUCUUACCAACACCAUUCAAUCUAUUAAAGACGAUCUUUUCAAUGGUAAAGUAUGGCCAACUCUUCCACUUUUCGGUUUCUUUGACUACUAUGUUGUCGAGCCAAGACGUGAAUAUGCAUUCUCUAGUCUAUCAGCUUACAAUACAUCGAUCCUCGCCCCAGUUAUCAACGAGUUCCCAUACAACUUAAAAGUUACCCCAUACGAUAUUUGUCACGAUACUCUUAUUUCAACAGCAUUCGUAUUUACCGAUAGUUUAACUGGUGAUCAAAUCGUUUUCUUCUCUGAUACCGGUGUACCAUCUCCAUCAAACUUCCAAGCUACCUGUGAUUGGGAAAAUAAAAUCUUUGAUGUUUGGAGAACUAUCAAAAUCGACAAAUUAAAAGCCGUUUACAUUGAAUCCUCUUUCUUGGAUGAUGCUGCCGAUACCGUUAUGUUUGGACAUUUAAGACCAAGAGAUAUCAUGAAGCUAAUGGACCAACUCUUAAUCCAAUCAAUUCAAACAUCACCACCAAUGAAAAAUUUAAAACAUGUAAAAUUAAUUAUUGAACAUAUCAAACCACAAGUCUCCAAAAGUGAUUAUGGUUUAACAGCUCAAAGAUUAGUAUAUAAUCAACUUAUGAAAGCAAAUACAAAUAGUAUUAAAAUUAUUAUUCCAAACCAAGGUGAUCCAAUUUGUAUUUAAAAAACUUUACCCCCAAACCCCCCCAUUAGUACCAUUACAAUCCAUCAAAUUUAAAAAUCAACCAUAAUUCUAUAAAAAAAAAAAAAUAUAUUAUUUAUUUGUGUAUAUUAGAAAAAAAAAAAAAAUAGUAUACUAUUAUUUUUUUAAAAUCAAUCUAAAAAUUAAAUUUAAAUAAAUUAAUUUUUAAAUUAAAAUAAAAUAGAUAAUAUGAUCAUUUUGUGU